GGGGCAGCGCAGGUUCCCGUCUGCGCUGGCUGCGGCCUUCACCGAGCGGGGGGGCGGCCCCGGCCCGGCCCCGCGGGACCAUGGACCCGGCCGAGGCCGUCCUGCAGGAGAAGGCGCUCAAGUUCAUGCCCCGAAUACACAUGCCAAAAGAUGGAUUCCAACUUAUAUCUUCUGGAUACCAAGCAUGGCUAAAGCAGUGCUCUAUGCCCAGAUCUCUGUGGCUGGGCUGCUCCAGCCUGGCGGACAGCAUGCCCUCGCUGCGAUGCCUGUAUAACCCAGGGACUGGCGCACUCCCAGCUUUCCAGAAUUCCUCUGAGAGAGAAGACUGUAAUAAUGAUGAGCCCCCUAGGAAGAUCAUUCCUGAGAAGAAUUCACUUAGACAGACCUACAACAGCUGUGCCAGACUGUGCUUAAACCAGGAAACAGUGUGUCUAGGAAGCACUGCUAUGAAGACUGAAAAUUGUGUGGCCAAAACUAAACUUGCCAAUGGCACUUCCAGUAUGAUUGUGCCCAAGCAAAGAAAGUUGUCUGCAAGCUAUGAGAAGGAGAAGGAACUCUGCGUGAAGUAUUUUGAACAGUGGUCCGAGUCUGACCAGGUGGAGUUUGUGGAGCACCUCAUCUCCCAGAUGUGUCACUACCAGCAUGGACAUAUAAACUCAUACCUCAAACCCAUGUUACAGCGGGACUUCAUCACUGCGCUGCCAGCUCGGGGAUUGGAUCACAUUGCUGAGAACAUUCUGUCAUACCUGGAUGCCAAAUCGUUGUGUGCUGCUGAGCUGGUGUGCAAGGAGUGGUACCGGGUGACGUCGGACGGCAUGCUGUGGAAGAAGCUCAUCGAGAGAAUGGUCAGGACAGACUCCCUGUGGAGAGGGUUGUCAGAGAGGAGAGGAUGGGGGCAAUAUCUAUUUAAAAACAAACCUCCUGAUGGAACUGCUCCACCCAACUCCUUCUACAGAGCACUUUAUCCCAAAAUUAUACAGGACAUAGAGACAAUAGAGUCAAACUGGCGGUGUGGAAGGCACAGUUUACAGAGGAUCCACUGCCGAAGCGAGACAAGCAAAGGGGUUUAUUGUUUACAGUAUGAUGAUCAGAAGAUAGUGAGUGGCCUACGAGACAAUACUAUCAAGAUCUGGGAUAAGAAUACAUUGGAAUGCAAGCGAAUUCUCACCGGACACACAGGUUCUGUCCUGUGCCUCCAGUAUGAUGAACGGGUGAUCAUUACUGGAUCUUCAGACUCAACAGUCAGAGUGUGGGACGUGAAUGCAGGCGAGAUGCUGAACACACUGAUCCACCACUGCGAGGCCGUGCUGCACCUGCGCUUCAAUAACGGCAUGAUGGUGACAUGUUCCAAAGACCGUUCCAUCGCCGUGUGGGACAUGGCUUCACCAACGGACAUCACCCUGAGGAGGGUGCUAGUAGGGCACCGAGCUGCUGUCAACGUAGUGGACUUUGAUGACAAGUACAUUGUAUCAGCAUCAGGUGACAGAACUAUAAAGGUAUGGAACACUAGUACCUGCGAAUUUGUGCGCACCUUAAAUGGCCACAAACGAGGCAUUGCAUGUCUGCAGUACAGAGACAGGCUAGUAGUGAGCGGCUCUUCAGAUAAUACUAUCAGGCUGUGGGAUAUCGAGUGUGGGGCAUGUUUACGAGUACUGGAAGGCCAUGAAGAGUUGGUGAGAUGCAUACGCUUUGAUAACAAGAGGAUAGUCAGUGGGGCAUAUGAUGGGAAAAUUAAAGUAUGGGAUCUUGUGGCUGCUUUGGACCCCCGUGCUCCAGCAGGGACCCUCUGCUUGCGAACCCUUGUGGAGCAUUCUGGAAGAGUCUUUCGACUUCAGUUUGACGAGUUCCAGAUUGUCAGCAGCUCACAUGAUGACACCAUCCUCAUCUGGGAUUUUCUGAAUGACCCAGCUGCCCAAGCAGAAUCCACUCGUUCCCCGUCCAGAACAUACACCUACAUCUCCAGAUAAAUAACACUACACUGUACCUCACACUCGCACAGGACUCAUUUAAGCUGCAGUAUUUAAAUGCCAGGACAAAAGAACUAUCCACGUAACCAAUACUUGCUGAAGAGAGAGGCUCUCAGACUUGUUUCUGGAACAAAGUUGGCAUGCGGUUGAUCUCAGACAGGGUCUACUCAGCGCGGCUGACUGCUAAAGUGCUGCUAUAUCAGAAGAUGACUUUUAUCUUUCAUGAACAGUUAACAUUUUUAAACCUUCCCAUCCCUCUCCUCCCUGAUCCCCCUCUUCAUGUUCACUCUGCUUCCCUUUACCCUGUUUGGUUCCCCUCCAAACCCAGUCACAGAUGUCCUAUGAAUAUAUUUAAGAUGUUGCCAGAAUGUG